AUGACUCACCAAACUCUCAAAUACAAUCAUCUGCAUGGUGGCAUUCUGAAGGAGAUUAGCCAGCUUACAAGCCUAGAAUAUCUUCGAGUGUCAUGUCAACAAUCUUACAGGUGCAAUCCUCAGCUUUACAAGGUGUCAUCAUUGAUUAGGUUUGUGGCCGCGUCUAAUGAUUUGCAAGGGAGCAUUCCACCUGACAUUGUCAUCACCCUUCCUAAUCUUCAGGGCCUUCUGUUGGGUGGUAACCACUUUGAUGGACACAUUCCUACUACACUAGCAAAUGCCUCAGGACUUCAUAUCAUAGACAUGGCAGAAAACAACUUGAGAGGAAGGGUGGCAUUGGACCUUGGAAGACUGGCAGGCCUACAACAUAUUAAUCUAGGAGAAAAUCAUCUCGAGGUGAAGAACACCAGGGAGUGGGAGUUCCUCGACCCUUUGACCAACUGCAGCCAAUUGGAAGUGCUUGUACUGGGUGACAAUAUGCUAGGAGGCAUGUUGCCCAACUCAAUAGGUAACCUUUCUUCACAUCUCCAAGUACUGAUGAUGGGAACAAAUAAAAUCUCAGGGAGAAUUCCCUAUGGAAUUGGAAACCUGGCCAACCUUGGAUCAAUUUAA